UCAACGUGUCAGUCGAAGAAGUGUCGACGUGGACGAAGCAUUGCCUCCUUGUCGUCGUCGUGGACUUCCCAAGGAGGCGAGUCUCGAGCUCCAGGUUCGCAGACGGUAGUUUCUUUCUCUCCAAUGGCUAAGCUGCUGCUACACGUUCCACACUUUCCGCCGAUUCACGGCCGCGCCGUCUGUGCUAUUCUCUCGAAGCCCUCAAGUUUCCAACUCCUCUCUCCUCUCUUCUCUAGACUCCUCACGAGUACGUUCCUCCACGCUCCUCUCUCCAUCCCUGCCUCUCCCAGUUCAGUUUCCCAUCGCAACCUCUCGGUCCGUGCUUUCGAUUCCUCUUCCUCCGAAGCGAAGCCUGAAGCAGAGAAAGAUAAUUGCACUUCCAAGACUGAAAUCAAGGACGCCAAGGAUGAGGAAUAUCCGAGUGGAGAAUUUGAGUUCGAGCAGGUUGGGGCAUGGCGGAGCUUUCUGGUGAAGCUCAAGAUGCUCAUUGCGUUGCCUUGGGAGCGUGUCCCCAAGGGCAGCAUUUUGACCAUGAAAUUACGAGGCCAGAUAUCUGAUCAGCUAAAGAGCCGUUUCUCUUCAGGAUUAUCGCUCCCUCAAAUUUGUGAAAACUUCAUAAAAGCAGCAUAUGACCCUCGUAUCUCUGGCAUCUAUCUCCAUAUUGAACCAUUGGAUUGUGGAUGGGCCAAAGUUGAGGAAAUUCGAAGGCAUAUCUUGGACUUCAAAAAAUCAAGUAAAAGUGUUGUCUGCUAUGUCCCUGCUUGUGGAGAGAAGGAGUAUUACCUUGCAUGUGCUUGCGAAGAGCUAUAUGCUCCCCCAAGUGCUUACUUUUCCCUGUAUGGUUUAACUGUGCAAUCAUCAUUCCUUGGAGGUGUUUUUGAGAAAGUAGGUAUUGAACCUCAAGUGCAAAGAAUUGGCAAAUACAAAAGUGCAGGGGAUCAGCUUACUCGUAAAACUAUGUCAGAAGAAAAUUGUGAGAUGCUGACAGCAUUGCUUGAUAACAUCUACGGGAAUUGGCUGGACAAAGUUUCUUCUGCAAGAGGAAAGAAAAGAGAGGAUGUGGAGAAGUUCAUAAAUGAAGGCGUUUACAAAGUAGAAAUGCUGAAAGAAGAAGGACUGAUAACAAAUAUACAAUAUGACGACGAGGUUAUCUCAAUGUUGAAAGGGAGACUUGGUGUCCAAAAAGAUAAAAAUCUUCCCAUGGUUGAUUACAGAAAAUACUCUCGCGUCAGGAGAUGGACUCUUGGUCUGACUGGUGGUAAAAACCAGAUAGCUGUUAUCAGAGCUUCUGGGAGUAUUCAGCGUUCGCGGGGUCCAUUAAGCACUUCUAGUUCCGGUAUCAUUGGGGAGCAAUUAAUUGAGAAGAUUCGUCGUGUAAGAGAGUCAAAAAGAUAUAAAGCUGCCGUCAUCCGAAUUGACAGCCCUGGAGGUGAUGCUCUUGCUUCUGAUUUAAUGUGGAGGGAGAUCAGACUUUUGGCUGAAUCAAAACCUGUGAUUGCAUCAAUGUCUGAUGUGGCUGCAAGUGGAGGAUACUAUAUGGCAAUGGCUGCGUUGACAAUUGUUGCGGAGAAGCUGACUCUAACUGGUUCAAUUGGAGUAGUCACAGGGAAAUUUUGCCUGGGUAAACUAUAUGAAAAAAUUGGCUUCAACAAGGAGAUUAUAUCACGGGGAAGAUUUGCGGAGCUCCUUGCAGCGGAACAACGACCAUUCAGACCAGAUGAAGCAGAACUCUUUGCAAAGUCUGCACAGAAUGCCUAUAAGCAAUUCAGGGACAAGGCAGCUUUUUCAAGAUCAAUGAGUGUAGAAAAGAUGGAAGAAGUUGCACAAGGCAGAGUAUGGGCAGGUAAAGAUGCAGUUGAUCGAGGUUUGGUUGAUGUAAUUGGUGGGUUCUCCCGGGCUAUUGCCAUAGCAAAACAGAAAGCUAAUAUACCCAAACAUGAGCGGGUUACUCUUGUUGAGUUAUCACGACCAUCUCCUACUUUACCCGAGGUCGUAAGUAGCAUAGGGAAUACUGUUGUUGGGGUUGAUGCAACAUUGAAAGAGCUGCUUCAAGACUUGACAUUUUCCGAAGGAGUUCAAGCCCGGAUGGAAGGAAUCAUGUUUCAGAGACUUGAAGGAGCUUCUUAUAACCCCAUCUUUGCUCUGAUGAAAGACUUUCUUAGUUCUCUCUGAUCUGCCCUUGCUACAGGUUGUGUCCAUCUCAGUUUUUCCAUUUACAUUCUUUUCGCAUUUCCCUAUUUUGUUCUGACAUGAUCAGUUUUUAGACAAUCGAUAUAGCCAUAUAGGGAUACAGAGAAUAUAUCUUCACAGGGGUGAAACCAACCUGAUUGAAAAGGGUUGGAGGCUUCCAGUAACCCUUUUACCUUACCGUUACAAUUACUGAAUUACAAUCUCAAUAGCAAAGCCUUCUAUUACACA